AUGCAACGACCACCGCGCAGAUUUGUACCAAUACGAUUAAGUUCGUAUGAUCAAGAAUAUCCACAUCAGGAAAUAGAAAAUGGUGAUAGAUACCAAACUUCUAAAUCUGAGCGUUCAAAUUGCUGUUCGAAACAAUGUCUCAUUGGACUUUGUGUUGGUUUGGCAAUCGGUGUUGCGCUUGUGAUAAUUAUCGCAGUCCCAGUUGGUGUUGUUGGUUUUACCAGAAAAUCAACAUCCUCACUGGGUACAAUUUCUUCUACACCCAAUUGGAUCGGCACAUUUCUAAUGGAUAAUGCAUGUGAUACAAGUUCAUGUUGUUGUUUAACCAAUCAAGUUACAUUGUCUCAAGUAACCAAUAAUCAACUACAAAUUACAGGCAGUAUUACUGGGCUAUGUACUAUCUUUUCAUCUCCUAUUACUCUGAUACAAUCAAUGCCAACAGGUUUUCAAGUAUUCCUUACUUGGUCUGGAGAAACAAUUCGUCUGCAAUUAGGUCAAGAUAACUCUUACAUAUCACUUGUGAAUAUCAAGCAUGGAAUAUGUAGUACUACUGGAUUAAGAACAUCAUAUAGUAGUGGUAGUAUGAAAAGCGUGAAUUUGGGUUUAGUUAUGUUCAUUCUAUCGAUCAUUAUUGGCACAAUGAUAUAA